AUGAAGGAAAACAAGGUCAGCAUCAGCAUACAAGCGUCUCCAACCGACGUGUGGAGUGUCCUCACGGACUUUGACAACUACCACUACUGGAAUCCCAUGUUCACCUCUGUCAAGGGCAAGCUCGCCGAGGGAGAAUCGCUUAGCAUCAAGGUGAGGCUACCCAGGAGGGUCUUUUGUGGAGCACCACUCUCUUCCACAUGGUCCCCAAGGAUCAUUAAACUCGAACCCAACUCGUGUCUAGAAUGGUUCACCCCCGCCGGCCUCAAGGGCUUCGUCGACGGCACACACUACUUCCAACUGGCGAGCACACACAACGGGACAGCGACAGAAUUUACCCAGGGAGAGCGGUACACGGGCUGGGGCAUAGGCCUUUAUUCCAGCUUCGGGAAUAUGGAGGAUGCCCGCAGAGGGUUCGCUGCCAUGAACAGUGCCCUCCAGAUCGAGAUCUUGCGCAGGAGGCAGGCCGGAAGCCUUGCCGAAAAAACGGGGUCUGGUGCUGAAGGUGAUGAUAAGGGGACAAGGGAGGCCAGUGAUAAUGAGAUUGCACAAUUGGAUAUUAGCGAUCCAGCCGCCGUCGCUGCCAUUGCUGUCGCAUCCACUACUGCUAAUAUUGCAGCCAACAGAAACCAGGAGGAGAGUGUGUCAGAGAAGGAGGCCAGGACAAGUGACGUCUCUGCUUCUGGUGCGCCAUCGGCCGCUUUCUCAGAGGGUGUACAGGAACCCGCUGCUCCAGCCGCUCCUGCGCCAGAGAAACCAGUCGAGAAGCGGACAAGCAUCAUUGGCGCCGUCUCAUCCCUCUUCACAUCCUCGAAAUCUCCUUCAGCCUCAGCCGACCGGCUGCCCCAGUCCACCUCCAAGGACGACCUGAUCUCCAAGGCCGUCGCUGAAGAGUGUGAGGAGCACUUGAACUACCAGGACAACAACUACGAGGAUGGAGAUGACCAUGACGGGGACGAAGACGGCAAUGACGGAGGUGAUAAUGUCCAUGAAGUCGAGGACCCAGAGACCAAAAGGGCACGAGAAACCAAGAAUGCCGAGCGGAUCGAACUUGACCUCGGUUCUGGCGACCUCAGCCUUGGCGACUUUGGCUUCUAA